ACCAUCUUUAUAUUGUGUUAACUGACAGCCGGGAAAACGGAGACAGAGUAACACCCUGAGUACCGGGGCGUCCACAUCCUGAGCAGUACAAAUGCUGCCAGCCAAAUACAGAGGGCGGCUGUUGUCUAACGCUGUGAAUAACAGUGGACUUCAUUUGGUUUUGCAGACCUCACCUGUUCCUGAUCGAAAUAAACAGCUUGAUUUCAGGUUAAGUAAGGAACCAGCAACUCUUAACAACAGGAUUGUACACCAGGAUGCUGAAAAGAACAGUUCCUACAAACAAGAUGGGAGACUUUCAAGCUCUGUGUCUCGUAAUAAACAACAGUACAUUCCUUUAGCUACAAAUGUCACUGAGAUUUUUGGUUCUUCUCAAAAGUAUGGUCGAGAAUCAAUGUCAUUAGGGGCAUUUGGCGACCUUCCUAGUCAUUCAUCAGCAAAAUCCAGGUCCCGAUCAGCAUCCCAUUGCCCUAACUACAAUAAUAAUCAUGAAGAUGCUCAGCAAUUGAAAGAUCAUUGCAAUUUUAUCAGAGAUUUGUCAAAGACUGAGCAUCCCGUUUUGCGCCGUAGUCCAGAAGAAAAAGCAAACAACCCUGACAAGCUUAAUUUAGAAAAAUACAAUUUGACUGUUUGUCCUAUUCUUGAACAUGAAGAACAAUUACGACUGUUAUAUUUGCAGCACAAUUACAUAGCAAAGAUACAGAAUCUUUCAAGUCUGCAGCGUCUUAUAUUUUUAGAUUUGUACGAUAAUCAAAUUGAAGAGAUAAGUGGACUUUCUGCAUUAAGAUCCUUGCGUGUCCUUAUGUUGGGCAAGAACAGAAUACAGAAAAUUUCAAACUUAGAGAACCUUAAAAGUCUGGAUGUGUUGGAUCUACAUGGGAAUCAGAUAUCUAAAAUCGAGAAUAUCAACCACCUGGGGGAAUUAAGAGUAUUAAAUCUUGCUAGAAAUCUUAUAUGCCAAGUUGAAAACCUUAAUGGUCUGGAAUCAUUAAAGGAGCUCAAUCUUCGCCAUAACAAAAUCAGUUUUGUGAGAGAUGUGGAUACUUUGCCCAGCCUACAGCUACUGUAUCUCAGCUUUAACAACAUAUUGAGAGUUAAUAAUAUCCUGUGCCUUGCUGAUUCCACGUCCCUUUCAGAUGUCACGCUUGACGGUAAUCCUAUAGCUCAAGAGUCAUGGUACAGGCAAACCAUUCUCGGGCAUAUGCUGCAGCUACGACAGCUGGAUAUGAAGAGAAUUACGGAAGAAGAAAGACGUACUGCAUCUGUUCUGGCAAGAAAAGAGGAAGAGAGGAAGCGUGAAAGCCAUAAGCAAGCCUUACUUAAGGAGAAAAAACGAAUCGCAAUUAACAAUGCUGCAAGACAGUGGGACAUUCAGCAAAAUCGAGUGACAUCUGUCGUCACUUCAGAUCAAGAUUCCACAAGUUGUGAGAGUCCGUCUCAUAAACCAUGUCAUUUGAAUGGAACAAUAGCCGAUGAAUUUGCUGAUGAGAAAAGAUCACUCGACACUGUACUUAGCAAUGCAGUGCAAGGUCUUUCUGUCAUAGAUUCCCAUCUUGUGGAACUGGAGGGAGAUACCCUUUGUCUCUAUGGGUCAGGUGCUUUGGAAUCUUUGGACAGGGCCUGGAGUGUUCAAACAUCUGGAUCAAUCAGCGUCAUCUCUUUUACUUUUAUCAAUUUUGAUGAUAUUAUUCAAGUUCUUCCAAAAGUGAGACUAAAAUUUCCUAAUUUUAUGCACCUUAAACUUAAGGAGACCAAUCUAGUUACCUUGCAUCAGUUCAAUGCCUUGGCACAACUUCGCCGGCUCGAUCAGCUAACUGUGGAUCCUCAGGGAAAUUCUGUUGUUAACUUUACAUUGUGGAAGUAUUAUGUUCUCUUCAGACUUAGCAACUUCAACAUACAGAAAAUCAAUGAUACCGAGGUUACCCGAAAUGAUGUUGUCCUCUCUGAGAGACUCUUUGGAAUUCUUGCCUUCGUAGCAUCUUCUGAAUUGCCACACUACAGGCUCCUUACACUUCUUGGAGACUCUAGAAAAAAAGCAGUACAUAAUCUUAUAGAUGGAAAAUCCAAGAAGUAUCCUGCAACAACUGAGGAUAGUUUUGACAACAAAAAAUUAGGAGUAGAAACUCCAAGCCGCGCAGCAUUGACUUACAUUCCACAGGAUCUGCUCAAUGACAAGCUUGAGGAAAUCAAAGAGAAAAAGGCAUUCUGCCAUUCCUAUGUGCAGGGCCUUGUGAACGAAGCUGCUGACAUCAGUAUGAAAAAUGAAUCCCUGCAAAAGUUGUGGCCACAGAUGUUCAUUGAGCUUGUCCGAGACGCAGUGAUUGAAGUCCGAGAUAAAAACUCCUACAUGAAACAGUGCUUGCAAAGAAUAUCUGAACAAAAAUAGCAGAGCAAAGCUGUUGAUUAUUAUGCAUAGCUUGGCCAAGGUCUUCAUUAUGUGUCACAAAGAAAUUUCAGCGCAAUUUUGUUCUACAAAGAACAAACUCAGAUUUGCUGUAAAGAAGAAAACUUUGGCCAUUUCUGUUUUUGACUAAAAUUAUUUUUUUUCUCUCACCCUUCUUGAAAUAUAAAAGCAUGAAUUUGUAUGACCAGAUAGUAACACUAUAUUUUGAUCUUUUAUUUCCAACUGAUAUCAUUUUAAUUGACAAAAAAAACAAAAAAAAAAAACAAUGUUACUAAUUUUUCAGCUUUUUGUUGAUUCAGACUGUUGGAAGACAUUCAAUAUUCAAUGUACAGUAUUUAGCUUUUUUAAAUUUUGUUUUUAAAAAUGUAAUAAAUCCACUUUUUUACUCCCAGCUUGAAUAAUUUUGAAAUGUCCAUUUAUUGUAAAAACGUCUAAAGGCUUUAUAACAUAAAUAAUUAGUUCUGUGUACAUAAUUACAAACAAUUAGUAUGUUUUUAAAGUUCAACGUUUUUUGCAAUCUUUUUUUGUCUUGUACUAAUCUCAUUACAGAUGUGUCCCUGCCAUAGAUGACUAAUGUAUACUUCAAUUCACUUUGUAUUGUCUUAACUCUCAUCUAUUUCAUCUAACAUUUGACCCCAAACUACUGUUUCAGUUUACAUCACAUAAUGGAAAUAACAAUUUCUGUAUAUUACCUAAAUCUAGUCUGAUCACUACCAUUUGUUCAUGUACUAUAGAUCUUAAAUUAUUGUAUUUCAGCUACAGGCAAUUGCUACAUAUAUCUAAGGAAUUAAAUGCUCAAAUUAACUGUAAAAAUUGUAUCUUUUUGAUAUUUUGUAGCUUUGAAACCAAACCCAUCACCCAUAAUGUUGUACCUGGGAUCUUGCAGGUGGUUAAGGCCUGAUAAAAUUUUGUAGCACUUGAAAUUCUGCUGUAAAAAUGUUGUGGUCAAUGAUUUUGCCAUUGAUACAAAUCUGACGCUAAGGGUUUUAGAUUCAGAAUAAAACUAAAGUAUAUAAUAUAUAAAGUUUUAAGUCUAAAUCAAACUUGCAUUUAAUAUGGAACUAUAUUUACCCCAGGUGUCCCUCCUUCACACUAUGAAACGUCAGGAUCGCCCCUUAUUGAGAUAUUACUGUGUAUAUAUAUAUAUAUAUAUAUAUAUAUAUAUAUAUACAGUAAUAUGUCUUAUUCUAUAAAUAUUUGAGUAUUAUCCAUUUAUCUUGCAAAAGUAGAACGUUUUUCAGAAUACUACUCAAUUUAAAAAAUAAAUAAAUAAAAGUAUAAUUUAAAUUGCAUUUUAUAUUUUCCUACUUGGGUAUCCACAUUAAAAUGCUGCCAAGUAUGUGUGUGACAAAGGAAAUCUGUAUUAAAUCAACUAGAUUUGCAGUUCUUAUUUGACAAGUAAAAAAAUAAAAUUGAUGACUACCAUG